AUGGUACGAGACUCUUUCAUGGACACAACAAAAGGGAAUCCCGUGGUGAUCUGCAUGGGUAUCGUUCGAGCGACCGAACCCGUUGGUCGUACUCCCUCUAGUGGUCCGCCUCCGGUGGCCGGUGGAGCAGAGCAGAGUUACAUUGCGACUCGUGCAUGGGGGGAGUUGGAAGGAUUUGUGCAUAACAUGAAGAAGACGGGUAAAUCGAGGGGUUGUUCGUCCAAGACUCCUGAUUGGCGAAUUUCAUGUUGGAUGAGGAUGAGGAUGACGAGAACGAGGAUUCAAGGUUGUAUGAUUUCGAUUUUCGAGAUGUAA